CAAUUUAUCAAAAUUUUUUGAGUCAUGUCUGCUUGAAGUUAUUUUUAUAACAAUAAUUUUAUAAAUUUUGUAACAAAGCUCAGUUUUAAUAAAGUGUAUUUAAGUUAUUUUCUUUUUUAAAACAAUUUGAACUCUUAAUACUCCAAGCAUAAAAUGGUUUAUAACAAAUUAUGGAGAAGUUUCCAUUGAAAAGUGGUGGAAGUGUAUAUGGUCAAGCUUAUCAAUCCGUUUUUAAAAAGACUAAUGGUCAUCAUCCUCCCCUUACAACUACAACAGCUUUAACUAAUAAAGAUGAUGAAGAAAUGAUUGACAUAACACCUCGAACAAGUCCAAACGAUCCACUUCGAACGUCACCAUUAGGAGGUAUUUCUAACCCAAAUUAUUCCGCAGGAAGAGACACUUCACAAUCAGAAAAUAUGGAAAGGCCACCACAACCAACUCAUAGUGCAUUUGGCAGAGAAUUCAAUGAUAUGGAAAGCUCGAUUUCAUUUUAUGGAUCGCAUGAGCCUACAGAAGAUAUACCAGGUAUUGGUCAAUACGACGAUUUUCACACAAUAGACUGGCAGCGUGAUAUUGCGAGAGAUCGAAUGCGACAUAGAUAUAUAGUUAAAAAGAGACAAGAUUCGUUAUGGGAUUUAAUUCGAGGAGCACAUGAUGCAUGGUCAGGAUGGUUAUGCGUUUUAUUAGUAGGUUUAGUAUCAGGUAUGGCGGCCGGUAUAAUUGAUAUCGGUGCGAGUUGGAUGUCAGAUUUAAAACAUGGAAUUUGUCCUCAAGCUUUUUGGUUUAAUAGAGAACAAUGUUGUUGGACAAAAAAACCUAGUGUUUUUUCCGACGCCAAUUGCACCAGCUGGAAAACUUGGCCCGAAAUAUUUGGAUCUGCAAAAGACGGAGUUGGCCCAUAUAUUUUGGCAUAUUUUUUAUAUAUUGUUUGGGCACUUUUAUUUGCUUCACUCAGUGCGUCUCUAGUACGACAAUUUGCACCUUAUGCAUGUGGUUCAGGUAUUCCAGAGAUAAAAACCAUUCUAUCUGGUUUUAUUAUUCGUGGUUAUUUGGGAAAGUGGACGUUAUUAAUAAAAUCUGUUGGUCUGAUGUUGUCUGUGUCAGCAGGGCUGACGUUAGGAAAGGAGGGACCAAUGGUACAUAUAGCAAGUUGCAUUGGAAAUAUAUUUUCACAUUUAUUCCCGAAAUAUGGUCGAAAUGAGGCAAAAAAAAGAGAAAUUUUAUCUGCAGCUGCCGCUGCCGGGGUAUCAGUAGCUUUUGGUGCACCAAUUGGUGGAGUGUUGUUUAGUUUAGAAGAAGUUUCAUACUACUUUCCAUUAAAAACUUUGUGGAGAUCUUUCUUUUGUGCUUUAAUUGCAGCAUUCAUUUUGAGAUCAAUAAAACCGUUUGGUGAUGAACAUUCGGUUUUAUUUUUUGUUGAAUCUAAUAUACAUUGGAACUACUUUGAGUUUAUCCCUUUUGUUUUCCUUGGUAUUAUGGGAGGCGUAAUCGGAACCGUAUUUAUUAAGGCAAAUUUAUGGUGGUGUAAAUAUAGAAAAUUUAGUAAAUUAGGUCAAUAUCCAGUUAUUGAAGUUUUAGUUGUAACUCUCAUUACGGCAAUUAUUUGUUACCCCAAUCCUUUCACAAGAAUGAAUAUGAAUGAAUUAAUUUACAUGCUCUUCAACAAAUGUGCAGAAAUGGAUCCAAAUCCGUUAUGUGAUUAUACAAAAAAAAAUAUUACCGAUGGCUUAAACUCUUCUAUUCAAGUGCAAGUGCCAGGCACUGGAGUUUAUCGUGCAAUUUGGCUACUUAUAUUUAGUUUCUUCAUUAAAUUUGCACUUACAGUAUUCACGUUUGGCAUGAAAGUUCCAUGUGGACUUUUUAUUCCAUCAUUACUUUUAGGAGCAAUAAUGGGCAGAAUUGUUGGUAUCGCAGUAGAGCAAUUAACAUAUAAUUAUCCACGAAUAAUAUUUUUAUCUGGGGAAUGUCUGGCUGACUCUAAUAAUGUCAUAACACCAGGCCUUUAUGCUGUUGUGGGAGCAGCUGCAGUUCUAGGGGGCGUAACAAGAAUGACAGUAUCUUUAGUUGUUAUUAUGUUCGAGCUAACAGGAGGCGUGGGAUAUAUUGUACCACUAAUGGCAGCUGCAAUGGCAUCAAAAUGGGUUGGAGAUGCUCUGGGAAGAAAGGGUAUUUACGAUGCACAUAUAAGUCUUAAUGGAUAUCCGUUUUUAGACAGCAAAGAUGAAUUCGCUCAUACAACGUUAGCUGCCGAUGUCAUGCAACCAAAGAGGAAUGAGACUUUGUCUGUUAUAACACAGGAUUCUAUGACAGUAGAUGAUGUUGAAUCAUUGCUUAAAGAGACUGAACAUAAUGGUUAUCCAGUAGUCGUCUCUAGAGAAAAUCAAUACCUAGUUGGAUUUGUGUUAAGAAGAGAUUUGAAUUUAGCAAUUGAAAAUGAUAAACGUUUAAUCGAUGGAAUUGGUGGUCAAUCGAUAGUGUUAUUUACUUCAGCUUCUCCUAUUCAAAAUUUAGGGCCACCUCCACUUAAACUAAAGAAAAUCUUAGAUAUGGCUCCUAUAACUGUAACAGAUCAAACUCCAAUGGAAACUGUUGUUGAUAUGUUUAGAAAAUUAGGACUCCGUCAAACUUUAGUUACUCAUAACGGUCGUUUACUUGGAGUUAUAACGAAAAAAGAUGUGCUUAGACACGUAAAGCAAAUGGAUAAUGAAGAUCCUAAUACAGUUUUAUUCAAUUAAGUAAUAGAUAUAAACACAUAAAAAUAUAAAGCUAAUGAUAUACUAUAAUAUAAAAAAAAUUAAUAUAUAUAUGUAUACAUAAAUCAGUUGUAUUAUGUUUUUUAUUUUUGAAAUUUAUUCAAAACUUAAAUGUUAAUUUAUUUGAUUAAGAAAAAUUUACAAUAAUUUUUCAGGAUAUGUUUUUCAAUAUCAAACUUAAAAAACACUAUAUUUUUGUGCAAUUUAUAUUAGAAAUAAUCCGUAAUAAAGAUUUUUCAAAAAGGAUCACGCUUUUGAAAAGAAUAUUUGUCUUAUAUUCGGAAAAUUAAAAAUUUAGCAUGAUUAAAUUGUGCUAAACUUUGAGAAAUACUUAAGCAUAUUUCGCUACAAAUACAGAAUCUUAAUAAAAUUAUAUUAAAGAUGUACAACAAUCGGAAUCUUAAAAUAUUUCAUAUUUCAAAAAAAAAAAAUACAUAUAUGCAUAUUCGCACCAAUAAUAGAAAAAUUACAUUUUUUCAAUUAAAAUCUCCAUUCAAUUACCUUUCUAUAUACAUACAUAUAGUCUUAGUAAAUAAAAUAACUAGAUAGAGAAAUAAAUAUGUAAUUUAUUAUUUGAACAAAAUAAAGAAUUUAUAUUCAAUAUCUAAGUCCCAUUUAGGAUAUAGAGAAAU